GCUACCCUGGACCACAGCAGCCAGCAUCCAGGAGGGUCUGACAGGCCGGAGAGAGCCGCCUUGCUGCAGCGAACACAGUGUCUUUAUUCUAGCUGAGGAGGAGUGAGGUGGUCAUCAUGGGAGAACUGUUCAGGAGUGAGGAGAUGACCCUGGCCCAGCUCUUUCUCCAGUCUGAGGCAGCCUACUGCUGCGUCAGCGAGCUGGGAGAACUGGGCAUGGUCCAGUUCAGAGAUCUGAACCCAGACGUAAACGUGUUUCAGCGCAAGUUUGUGAAUGAAGUGAGGAGAUGUGAGGAGAUGGACAGGAAACUGAGGUUUGUUGAAAAAGAGAUCAAGAAGGCCAACAUCCCAACUGUGGACACUGGAGAAAAUCCAGAGGUGCCGUUUCCCAGGGACAUGAUCGAUCUAGAGGCCACCUUUGAAAAGCUGGAGAAUGAACUGAAGGAGAUCAACACCAACCAGGAGGCCCUGAAGAAGAACUUCCUGGAGCUGACAGAGCUCAAACACAUCCUCCGUCGAACACAGCAGUUCUUUGAUGAGAUGGAGGAUCCCAACCUGCUGGAGGAGUCAUCAGCUCUGAUGGAGGGCAGUGAGGGGGGACGUGGUGCCCCGCUCAGACUGGGGUUUGUGGCUGGAGUGAUCAGCAGGGAGAGGAUCCCCACCUUCGAGAGGAUGCUGUGGAGGGUGUGUCGUGGCAACGUCUUCUUAAGGAAGGCAGAGAUCGAGGACCCUCUGGAGGACCCCGCCACGGGAGACCAAGUCCACAAAUCAGUGUUCAUCAUCUUCUUUCAAGGUGACCAGCUGAAGAACAGGGUGAAGAAGAUCUGUGAGGGGUUCCGUGCCUCUCUCUACCCGUGUCCAGAGACCCCACAGGAGAGGAAGGAGAUGCUGGCUGGAGUCAACAGCCGCAUUGACGACCUCCAGAUGGUGCUGAACCAAACAGAGGACCACCGUCAGCGUGUGCUGCAGGCUGCCUCAAAGACCAUGCGGGUGUGGUUCAUCAAGGUGAGGAAGAUGAAGGCCAUCUACCACACCCUCAACCUCUGCAACAUCGACGUCACCCAGAAGUGUCUGAUUGCUGAGGUGUGGUGUCCUGUCUCGGACCUGGACUCCAUCCAGUUUGCUCUGCGUAGAGGGACGGAGAGGAGCGGCUCUACGGUGCCAUCCAUCCUAAACAGGAUGCAGACCAAGCAGACCCCACCCACCUUCAACAAGACCAACAAGUUCACAUCAGGCUUCCAGAACAUCGUUGACGCCUACGGCAUUGGGAACUACCGGGAGAUUAAUCCAGCUCCCUACACCAUAAUUACUUUCCCCUUCCUGUUUGCGGUGAUGUUUGGUGACAUGGGUCAUGGCGUGCUGAUGACCUGUGCUGCCCUCUACCUGGUCAUCCGAGAGAGUCGCCUCCUCGCCCAGAAGAGCGACAAUGAGAUGUUCAACAUGGUGUUUGCUGGCCGCUACAUCAUCCUCCUGAUGGGGAUCUUCUCCAUCUACACCGGCAUCAUUUACAACGACUGCUUCUCCAAGUCUCUGAACAUGUUCGGCUCUGGGUGGAGCGUCAGGCCCAUGUUUGGCCCCAAAGGAGCCAACUGGUCAUUUGAGACACUUGAUGGAAACGCAGUUCUACAGUUAGACCCAGCUGUCCCUGGUGUGUUCAACGGGCCUUAUCCACUGGGAAUCGACCCGAUCUGGAAUGUCGCCACCAACAAGCUGACUUUCCUCAACUCGUUCAAGAUGAAGAUGUCUGUGGUCCUGGGCGUCAUCCACAUGCUGUUUGGAGUGUCUCUCAGUCUCUUCAACCACCUGUACUUCAAGAAGCCACUGAACAUCUUCCUGGGCUUCAUCCCAGAGAUCGUCUUCAUGUCUAGCCUGUUUGGCUACCUCGUUCUGUUGGUCUUCUACAAGUGGACGGCUUACGACGCCUUCACCUCCAAGGAUGCUCCCAGCCUGCUCAUCCACUUCAUCAACAUGUGUCUCUUCAACUACAAUGACCCCACCAACAAGCCCCUCUACAGGGGACAGAUGGGGAUCCAGGUUUUGUUGGUGCUGAUUGCCCUUGCAUGUGUACCCUGUAUGCUGAUUGUGAAAACUAUGGUGCUUCGGCGUCAGCACCUGUGGAAAAAGCACCUGUCCCAGAAGAGGGAAGAAACCCCUGCAGAGAAUCUAGAGCAGUCUUUAGAGCAAACAGGCGUGUCCUCAUCAUGCACCGGACUCACCCAACAGGGCACGCAGAAGUUCGGAGGAGUGCGGGUGGGUAACGGGCCCACAGAGGACGAGGCUGGCAUCAUGGACCACGACCAGCUCUCCCAGCACUCGGAGGAAGGAGAUGAGCACUCAGAGGAAGAGCCGUUUGACUUUGGUGACGUAGCUGUCCACCAGGCCAUCCAUACCAUAGAGUACUGUCUGGGAUGCAUCUCCAACACAGCCUCCUACCUGCGCCUCUGGGCCCUCAGCCUGGCUCAUGCACAGCUGUCAGAGGUGCUCUGGUCCAUGGUGAUGCACCUGGGUCUGUCCUCCCGGAGCGGGGGCGGGUUCUUCGGCCUGUCCAUCAUCUUCUCGGCCUUCGCCACGCUCACGGUCGCCAUCCUGCUCAUCAUGGAGGGGCUGUCAGCCUUCCUGCACGCCCUUCGUCUGCACUGGGUGGAGUUCCAGAACAAGUUUUACUCGGGCCAAGGGUUCAAGUUCGUCCCAUUCUCAUUUGAGAGCAUCCUGGAGGGACGACUCGACGAGUGAUCGAGCCUCCACCCCUCCAGCAUGACUCUCCAGCCUUCCCCUCUCCUCAGUGUAUGUGUUUGUGUGUGUGUAUACAGCCUUCUGUCACCCUCUAGUGGUCAUUUGUGAAACCUCAGUGUGUAAUAGGUGUAAUGUCAUCUUAAAGAGAUGUUUUUCCAGUGCACCAGUACCAGGUUAUUCCCCACACUGGAGCUUCUAUUGCUGUGACACAGUACCAUCACUGUACUGAGAGCUCAGCCCUGUCACCACCACUGUCCUAACAUCUCCUUCACCUACAACAAGGCUUUUCACUCUAUAAUAAAUCUGUUCAGGAGAUCCUGUAACACCGAUUAUAUUUUGAAAGUAUAGUCAUCAAAUGUCAUUAGGUCUUAAUUUACAGAACUUAAACUUUCAUCAAUCUUCAUGAUUAUUAAAUGCUCAUGUUUCCAUCACAUUCUGGAUAGCUUGCUGUCAAAAGAGUGACUGCUACAGAUCUCAGACAUGACAAAAAUGAAGACCUAAGUCGCAAUAAGCUGUAAUGUGCUGUUUGUGCAGCAUCGCUGUGAACUGUACUUUCACCAUGAAAUAACAUGAGCACAUCUGGAGCUGUAAGACCAUGACUCAACAUUUGGUGAUAUUUGUAACAUGACUGAAAGGCAGUGUGAUUCUUCCCAGUAUAUGAACAUUCAGAAUGUUAAAAACUCAAUGUAUGGAUUCCAAUGGAUGUAGUGAUUUGUUGCUGUCUGACCAUGAAGUAGUGAAAGGAACACAGCUUUUCCUUGAUGAGUGGAGCCUUUGUGAUCUGUGGCAUCCUUGUGCUCCUUCUGUGUAAAUUGUUGUAAAGUGGUUAAAGAAGUGAACUGAUGCAUUGAAGCCUGAAAUGUCUAAAAGUUCAUUUUGUGGAAUCAACUGCAGUUGCUUCAUAAAUAUGAAGUAUAAUGUCACUCCUUGUCCAUCCUUUGUGAUAAAUGUACAUUUAUUUUCUCUACAUAUCUUUAAUUUUGAAGGAUGCUUUGCAUUCUCAUCAAAGUAGCCUUCGACAUGUGGACGGUCAGCACACCCAUCAAGGGUUAAAUGAAGUGAACAUGUAAAGUGGGCUGUGCUGCACUGAAACAUCUCUUCCAAUCAAACUGAAGAACAGUUUGGACACAGUAACAAUCAUGUUUGGCUGAUAAUCAAAGCUAUUGAUAGUGAAUUUGAUUUUCUUUGUUUUGUUUCAGAAAACAUAUUUUAUAAGUGUUGUUUGAAAUGUUUCAGAUCAUUUGUAUUUAGAUGUUGAUGCAGAGUGUGUGAAGAGAGCCUCUACACAUCAAAUGCAGCUGGUGUUGGUCAGUGACUGGUGACAUGAAGGUCAUGUGUUUGUGGUCAAUAAUAAACAGAGACUUGGG